AUGUUCGCUAUUCGUUCCGUGUUCCGGGCAGGUGCUCGUGCCGCUGUACCUCUUCGUACAUUUGCAACUUCAUCUUCGCGUUUUGGAAAUACUUUGUUGUUUGUUGAGCACAAAAAUGGCGCCAUCAACCCUGCUUCACUGUCGGCACUGACGGCUGCUCAGAAGCUUGGUGGUGAAAUCCACGCGCUCGUGGCAGGAUCCUCAAAGCACGCAAAAUCAGUUGCUGAGGCUGCUUCGAAGGUGAAUGGAGUGUCAAAAGUGCUUGUUAGCACAUCUGAUGCGUUCUCGGCCCUCUUGUCCGAGCCAAUUGCGCCGUUAAUCCAGUCGCUUGUCAAGUCGAACUCAUACUCGCACGUUGUGGCUGGUCACACGGCUGUGGGACGUGAUAUCAUCCCACGUGCAGCUGUGCUUUUGGAUUCGUCGCAAGUGUCCGAUAUUAUUGCCGUUGAGGGCGAAGACAUUUUCGUCCGGCCUAUCUACGCCGGCAACGCGCUUGCUACGGUCAAGUCGAAGGAUGGCGUAAAAGUCGUGACGGUGCGUGGUACGGCCUUUGAUACUGCAAGUACCGAGGGUGGCAAUGCCUCAGUGGAAGAAGUUAAUGCUGGUGAGGUGCCGCAGCCAACGAAGCUCGUGCAAGAAAAGAUGAGCGAGUCAACACGUCCAGACCUGGCCACGGCUCCACGUGUUGUUUCCGGUGGUCGUGCGCUCAAGUCGUCGGAGGGCUUCGCCAAGUACAUUGAGCCUUUGGCUGAUAAGCUGAAUGCUGCUGUUGGUGCUUCGCGUGCGGCCGUGGACGCUGGCUACGCGGACAAUGCUCUCCAGGUUGGUCAGACGGGUAAGAUUGUGGCUCCUGAGUUGUACGUGGCUGUGGGUAUCAGCGGUGCGAUUCAGCACCUCGCUGGUAUGAAAGACAGCAAGACGAUCGUUGCGAUCAACAAGGACCCUGAGGCGCCGAUCUUCCAGGUGGCCGAUGUCGGUCUUGUAGCCGAUCUCUAUGAGGCUGUGCCAGAGCUGACAGAGAAGCUCUAA